AUGGCGCGAAACGCGGUAACCCCGUGGGCGGUUUUCGCCAGCGGCAUCGCAGCGCUCCUCGUCACGUCUCUUCUGAGCAGCAGCGCGCUCCUGAAGGCGCAGGCGCAGGGAGGGGGGCAGGUGGACUGGGAGGCGCAGACGGAGUCGCUCCUCCAGCAGGUGUCGCAGCAGACAUAUCUCUCCGCGUUCUCCGAGAUCUUCACCGACUUCUACCAAUCAGGCCAGCUGUACAUCGACCAGCCGGCCACUCUGCUCGUCCCCACAAAUGUGGGGCACUGGCGCUACCAGAUGCAGUGGAACACGCUCACGCCCAAGCAGAAGCGCCGCGUGCUGCGAUACCACGUGAUUAAGGGCCGCUACACCACGCAGGAGCUCCUCGACGCCCCGCCGCUCACGCUCUUCCCCACUCUGAACCAGAACCUGCCGGUGAACAAGACGGCCAAGCCCAACGAGGUGUAUUUCCAGUCCAUUCCCCCCAUGAAGUUCGCCUCGCCCCUCAGCGUGCCCAACGCCGGGCUUACGGAGAACCUGGCUGCGCAUGGCGUGACAUUUGUCAUCCUGCCGCCUAACCUCAACUGCACUUCCUCUGCUUGCAAGAAAAGGCAAUUCUAA